AUGCUCGCUUCUGUUUUCACUGUCACGCUCCUCGCCUCGCUCCUGGGACGCUCAGUCGCCGCCCCCACCCCGGCCCCGGCUGAUGAGGACCCAGCGCUCGCCAAGAGGCAGAACGCUCCGCUUUUCGGCGGCUGGGACCAGGACCAGAACGUCACCGAGCUCGUCCAGGAGCUCUCGGACCAAGUCAACCCCAUCGACGCCGAUGUUCUCCUCCCCGCUGACGGCUUUGUCUUUGACUUCUUGAAGGCCAAGAGCUUUGGCGGCGGUGGCAAGGACGGCGGCGUGAUUCUCGCCGACAACACCAUCUUCCCCGGCGUGGUUGGAAACGGCAUGUCGUGGCUCGUUGGAUUCCUCGGCCCCUGUGGUAUGGUCGCUCCCCACAACCACCCUCGUGCCGUUGAGUAUCUCAUGAACAUUGCGGGCCCCCCUCUUGCUGGUGGCUCUUUCAAUGAGAACGGCUCGCCCUUCUUUGAAGGUAACGUCUCCGCCGGCGAGGUUGUCGUGCUUCCCCUCGGUUCGGUCCACUAUGUUUCCAACACGGGCUGUGACCCCGCACUCAUUGCAGCUGCUUUCAACUCUGAGACACCCGGUGUCGGCUUCCUCUCGUCCAUGUACACCGCCUUUGACCCAGAGACUAUUGAUGCCGCCUUUGGUGACGACUCCGCCCAGGUCUUUGAUACCUCAAAGAUCCCUGCUGCUGUCAACCUCGGCCACCAAUCGUGCCUCCAGCGCUGCGGUAUCAAGGCCGACACGUUCAACAUCAACGGCAAGCUGUCCAACCCCGACCUCAUGAACAUGGCCUUUGCUGGCUACCUCAAGGCUCAGAACUUUGACUUUGCCGGUUACGACGCCUCGACGUUCCAGCAGUACAACUAA